GGGUCCCGCCAUGCGGCCCCUGCUGCUCCUAGCCCCGCUGGGCUGCCUGCUCCUGAUCGAAGCAAAGGGUGACGCCCAGCCGGAGGACAACCUCUUAGUCCUCACGGUGGCCACUAAGGAGACAGAGGGAUUCCGACGCUUCAAGCGCUCAGCCCAGUUCUUCAACUACAAGAUUCAGGUGCUUGGCCUGGGGGAGGACUGGAAUGGUGGGCAGGAGAUGCCAGCAGGUGGAGGGCAGAAGGUUCGGCUGUUGAAGAGAGCUCUGGAGAAGCAUGCGGACAAGGAAAACAUGGUCAUUCUCUUCACAGACAGCUAUGACGUGUUGUUCGCGUCAGGACCCCGGGAGCUUCUGAAGAAGUUCCGGCAGGCCAGGAGCCAGGUGGUCUUCUCAGCGGAGGAACUCAUCUAUCCAGACCGCAGGUUGGAGGCCAAGUACCCAGCGGUAUCUGACGGCAAGAGGUUUCUGGGCUCUGGAGGCUUCAUCGGUUUUGCCCCCAACCUCAGCAAACUGGUAUCUGAAUGGGAGGGUCAAGACAGUGACAGCGACCAGCUCUUUUACACCAAGAUCUUCUUAGACCCAGAGAAGAGGGAACAGAUCAACAUCACCCUGGACCACCGCUGCCGAAUCUUCCAGAACUUGGAUGGAGCCCUGGAUGAGGUCGUGCUCAAGUUUGAAAUGGGACACGUGAGAGCUCGGAAUCUUGCCUAUGACACUCUCCCGGUUGUGAUUCACGGCAACGGGCCUACCAAGCUGCAGUUGAACUACCUGGGCAACUACAUCCCACGUUUCUGGACCUUUGAGACAGGCUGCACCGUGUGUGAUGAGGGCUUGCGCCUCCUCAAAGGCAUCCGGGAUGAAGCUCUGCCCAUAGUCCUGGUUGGCAUUUUCAUCGAGCAGCCCACGCCGUUCCUAUCGCUCUUCUUCCAGCGGCUACUGCGCCUCCGCUACUCCCAGAAACAGAUGCGGCUCUUCAUCCAUAACCACGAGCAGCACCAUAAGACCCAGGUGGAGCAGUUCCUGGCAGAGCAUGGCAGCAAGUACCAGUCUGUGAAGCUGGUGGGCCCCGAGCUCCGGGUGGCCAAUGCUGAAGCUAGGAACAUGGGCAUAGACCUGUGCCGGCAGGACCGGAGCUGUACCUACUACUUCAGCAUGGACGCUGACGUGGCCCUGACUGAACCCAAUGCCCUGCGGCUGCUGAUCGAGCAAAACAAGAACAUAAUCGCCCCAUUGAUGACCCGCCAUGGGAGACUGUGGUCCAACUUCUGGGGGGCACUGAGUGCAGAUGGCUACUACGCCCGCUCCGAGGACUACGUGGACAUUGUGCAGGGUCGGCGCCUGGGUGUUUGGAAUGUGCCCUACAUCUCAAACAUCUACUUGAUCAAGGGCAGUGCCCUGCGGACUGAACUGCAACACAAAGACCUGUUCCACCACAGCAAGCUGGACCCCGACAUGUCCUUCUGUGCCAACAUCCGGCAGCAGGAGGUGUUCAUGUUCCUGACCAACCGGCACACCUUUGGUCACCUGCUCUCCCUGGACAGCUACCAGACCACCCAUCUCCACAAUGACCUCUGGGAGGUGUUCAGCAACCCUGAGGACUGGAAGGAGAAGUAUAUCCAUGAGAACUACACCAAGGCCCUGGAGGGGAAGCUGGUGGAGACGCCUUGCCCGGAUGUCUACUGGUUCCCCAUCUUCACCGAGACAGCCUGUGAUGAACUAGUGGAAGAGAUGGAGCACUUUGGCCAGUGGUCUAUGGGUGACAACAAGGACAAUCGCAUCCAGGGUGGCUAUGAAAACGUGCCAACCAUUGAUAUCCACAUGAACCAGAUCGGCUUUGAGCGGGCAUGGCACAAGUUCCUGGUGGAGUACAUUGCACCCAUGACUGAGAAGCUUUACCCCGGCUACUACACCAGGGCCCAGUUCGACCUGGCCUUUGUUGUCCGCUACAAGCCUGACGAACAGCCCUCGCUGAUGCCACACCACGACGCCUCCACCUUCACCAUCAACAUUGCCCUCAACCGGGUAGGAGUGGACUAUGAGGGCGGGGGCUGUCGCUUCCUGCGUUACAACUGCUCUAUCCGUGCACCAAGGAAAGGCUGGACCCUCUUGCACCCAGGACGGCUCACACAUUACCAUGAGGGGCUCCCCACCACCAAGGGCACCCGUUACAUCGCUGUCUCCUUCAUCGACCCCUAAUUGUC